UCAUGGAUCUACGCUGAUUUCGGAUGUCAUGUCCCGGAUCGGCCAGAGCUACGGCAGUUUCGAGGCUCCUCAGUGGCAGUGCCUAACUGGCACCCGAGACCGCACUGUCCUGUACGAGAAGAGUAUCGAGCACACUGCCGCGGCUCUUGCUUUCACUGCCCAGCUCAAUUACGAGCUGAACAACGAGAUCCAUUCGAGCAGGACCCACGCCCAAGAGGAGAGGGACCUCCACCUUAGAGCGAAUGAUGACCUGAAGGCGGCGAAUACUAAGCUCGAGGCAGUGGUUAAGGAGCGUGAGGAAAUGGCCAAGGAGCUCGGAAAGCUGAAAACUGAACUCGAGGAGCAAAAGAAAGAUAACAUCCAGCUUCGGGAGACCAAUAAGAAGCUCGAGGAAGACAAGAUUUACAUUUCUUUAACUAAUCCUUUUACAUGA